AACUCAUUGCACAUCUUGAAUGUGGAGUAAUUACCUGUGCCUUCGCUCGCUUGCGAUUUCCGUUACCCCGAUACCACAUGUUUCGCUGUGCUUUUCGGCCCUUCUCUCCCUUCCCUCGCACCAGCAUCGCCUCUACGGCGCGAUAUUUUCAUCGGGUCACGACAGAUUUCAUUGCCCAUGACGUGAGAGGGACUCUGGUUACCAGGAAGGUGCCUAUUAUCGUUGGUGACCCGGGAGAAACAUAUGUUUUAAUUGAGCCAGGGGUUGGUAAUGCCCUCCGUGCUGCCAGUCCCUUUACAUCAGCUUCUGCAGCUAGCGCUGAAGACAGAUGUAAACUUACCUUCUUCCAUGAUUCGCAACACUUUGGUUUUGAAUCAUCGAGCUAUCCCCGCCUUUACGUCCCAAGCCAAAUGCCUCGCCAAACAGAGUCAAAUACAAGCCCUGCAACUUUAUUCUUAAGCGGAAAGAUGCACGAGAUAGUCCUAGAUGAGACUCUCGAUGCAAAUUUUGCGGACAAGGCAAACGCUACUGGCCAGAACCUAGCCAGCGUACUUCACCAGCUGAAGGACAUGUGA